AUGGCGUAGAAAAGGACGCAUCUGAAAAUGCCUAAAAAUACAAAAGUGAGCCCCCCACCUUUUGUCCUGACCUGCCUUUCUUGUUUGAAGUUUCUCUGAAAUCUUUCGUCUCCGGCUAGCUGAAUUGGGGAAAAUGAAGGGAAUGAAAGGAAAGUUGCUGAAGAAACUGAAAUCCAUUCGACCCAUUGGUUAUCUGAAGGAAGAUCGGGUUCUUCAGGUGAAUGCAUCCGAUGGGUUUUUGGAUGGCUCAUCUUGGAAUCCGAGUGUAGGCGUUCAAGCUCAGUUCGUGUGCAAAGGGACAGUGCAGAAUGGGUUGGAUCGGACUGGUGGAACAGAGCGAGAACCUGAAGUUAUCGAUGUGAUGGAGCUUAUGAGAGACCUUGAAGGUGAAGACAUGGAAUUUGAUGAUCUUAUGGAUGAUAAAGAAAACAUCGGGCCUCCAGUGAGGGCAAAAGACCCGGUUGGUGUAAAGGAAAAAUCGGAGAAUCCGGUAAGGUCAGAACCAGGAUUCCAGCGGAAGGAUGAUGGAACUUGGGAAGCUACAGGAAAUCCUGGGCACACCCCUUUAUCAGAAAUAGACAUAUCGUCUUUUCGAAGGCCGGACUUGAACUCUGGUAGCCUCUUCGACCCCAACCUUCUUGCUGCCUUCCAGCAGGCAGUGAUGGAUCAAAUUAGAAUCAAUGAAGAAGAGAGGAAAGCUAGAAUGAAGGAAGAAGAUGUUGAAAUCGAUGAUGAACCCCCUCCAAAGGCGCGGAGAGUGGAGGAUGACACAAACCCUCUACUAGGCUUUGAGGAAAGAUGCCCGCCGGGAGGCAGCGAUGCAGUAGUUCUCUAUACAACCAGCCUUAGAGGGAUAAGAAAGACCUUUGAAGACUGCACUAGUAUUAGGUUUCUGCUCGAGAGCUUCCGGGUGAUAUUUUACGAGAGGGACGUGUCGAUGCACCUGGAAUUUAGGGAGGAGUUGUGGAGGAUACUGGAUUGCAAAGCACUCCCUCCAAGGCUUUUCAUAAAGGGGAGGUACAUUGGUGGAGCGGAACAGGUCUUGGGGCUGCACGAGCAAGGUCGACUCCGGGCCCUCUUCCAUGGCCUUCCCAUUGAUCACUCUAAAGGCCCCUGUGAAGGGUGCGCUGGAAUUCGGUUUGUCAUGUGCUAUAAAUGCUGCGGCAGCCGCAAAAUAGUUUCCGAUGACGGGAAUCACGGCUUGUCAAAUAAUUGCCCCCACUGUAACGAAAAUGGACUCAUUAUUUGCCCCAUUUGCUGCUGAAGCUUCCACUUUUCUCAUUUUGGCUGUGUAUGUCUUCUCCAUAUCCUUUUUUCCUCUUCUUCUUCUUAAAUGAUUGUAUUUUGGUUGUAAUAUACACCCCUCCAUUCUUGCCUUUCCUGGUGGUUUUUCUGUAUUGCUUUUGGAUUGGAAGCCUUUCUACAUUCCCUGUGUAGAAUUCAACUGGAAUAAUCCAGCAUCAUGUUUUUAGGGUUAUGAUAAAUGCAUGGUGUAAUAGAAAUUUGAUUUCCCAAUGGAGACAACAGUUAAUCAGCUUUAGUA